AUGAGAUGGAUUCAUUUUUCAUACAAAACACUCUCUAUGUACAAUUCUUUCUCCUUCUCUCCCGCCUUUCUCCUUCUCUCCCGCCUUUCUCCUUCUCUCCCGCCUUUCUCCUUCUCUCCCGCCUUUCUCCUUCUCUCCCCGCCUUUCUCCUUCUCUCCCCUUUCUCCUUCUCUCCCGCCUUUCUCCUUCUCUCCGCCUUUCUCCUUCUCUCCCGCCUUUCUCCCUUCUCUCCCUUUCUUUCUCCUUCUCUCCUUUCUCCUUCUCUCCCGCCUUUCUCCUUCUCUCCGCCUUUCUCCUUCUCUCCCCUUUCUCCUUCUCUCCUCUUCUCUUUCUCCUUCUCUCCUCCUUUCUCCUUCUCUCCCUUUCUCCUUCUCUCCGCCUUUCUCCUUCUCUCCCCCUUUCUCCUUCUCUCCGCCUUUCUCCUUCUCUCCCUUCUUUCUCCUUCUCCUUUCUCCUUCUCUCCGCCUUUCUCCUUCUCUCCAUAUUUCUCCUUCUCUCCAUACCUUUCUCCUUCUCUCCCGCCUUUCUCUCCUUCUCUCCCUUUCUCCUUCUCUCCACCUUUCUCCUUCUCUCCCAUGCUUUCUCCUUCUCUCCGCCUUUCUCCUUCUCUCCCGCCUUUCUCCUUCUCUCCGCCUUUCUCCUUCUCUCCCGCCUUUCUCCUUCUCUCCCUUUCUCCUUCUCUCCCGCCUUUCUCCUUCUCUCCUUCUUUCUCCUUCUCUCCCUUUCUUUCUCCUUCUCUCCCCGCCUUUCUCCUUCUCUCCACUUUCUCCUUCUCUCCAUUCUCCUUCUCUCCCCUUUCUCCCUUCUCUCCCACUUGCCUUUCUCCUUCUCUCCCUUCUCCCUUUCUCCUUCUCUCCCCCUUUCUCCUUCUCCCCUUUCUCCUUCUCUCCCGCCUUUCUCCUUCUCUCCCUUCCUUUCUCCUUCUCUCCCGCUUUCUCCUUCUCUCCCUUUUCUCCUUCUCUCCCCGCCUUUCUCCUUCUCCCCCUUUCUCCUUCUCUCCCUUUCUCCCUUCUCCUUUUCUCCUUCUCUCCGCCUUUCUCCUUCUCUUCUCUCCUUCUCUCCCGCCUUUCUCCUUCUCUCCCUUUCUCCUUCUCUCCCCGCUUUCUCCUUCUCUCCCUUUCUCCUUCUCUCCAUUUUCUUUCUCCUUCUCUCCCCGCUUUUCUCCUUCUCCCUUUCUCCUUCUCUCCCUUCUUUCUCCUUCUCUCCCAUUUCUCCUUCUCUCCCUUUCUCCUUCUCUCCCCUUUCUCCUUCUCUCCGCCUUUCUCCUUCUCUCCCUUCUUUCUCCUUCUCUCCCGCCUUCUCUCCUUCUCUCCUUCUCCGCCUUUCUCCUUCUCUCCCUUUCUCCUUCUCUCCCUUUCUCCUUCUCUCCCGCCUUUCUCCUUCUCUCCCUUUUCUCCUUCUCUCCCUUCUUUUCUCCUUCUCUCCCGCCUUUCUCCUUCUCCCGCCUUUCUCCUUCUCUCCCCUUUCCCUUCUCCUUCUCUCCCUUCUCUCCUUCUCUCCCCGCCUUUCUCCUUCUCUCCGCCUUUCUCCUUCUCUCCCUCCGCUUUUCUCCUUCUCUCCUUCUCUCCUUCUCUUCCUUUCUCCUUCUCUCCCUUUCUCCUUCUCUCCCGCCUUUCUCCUUCUCUCCCGCCUUUCUCCUUCUCUCCCGCCUUUCUCCUUCUCUCCCGCCUUUCUCCUUCUCUCCCGCCUUUCUCCUUCUCUCCCGCCUUUCUCCUUCUCUCCCGCCUUUCUCCUUCUCUCCCCGCCUUUCUCCUUCUCUCCCUUUCUCCUUCUCUCCCCGCCUUUCUCCUUCUCUCCAUGCUCCUUCUCUCCUUCUCCUUCUCUCCCGCCUUUCUCCUUCUCUCCCAUUUUCUCCUUCUCUCCCCUUUCUCCUUCUCUCCCCUUUCUCCUUCUCUCCCUUUUCUCCUUCUCUCCCCUUUCUCCUUCUCUCCCUUUCUCCUUCUCUCCCCGCUUUCUCCUUCUCCCCUUUCUCCUCCUUCUCUCCCUUUCUCCUUCUCUCCAUGCCUUUCUCCUUCUCUCCCCGCCUUUCUCCUUCUCUCCCUUUUUCUCUCCUUGCUUUCUCCUUCUCUCCCGCCUUUCUCCUUCUCUCCCGCCUUUCUCCUUCUCUCCCGCCUUUCUCCUUCUCUCCCGCCUUUCUCCUUCUCUCCCGCCUUUCUCCUUCAUAAAAGAUAUGAUGGCAUAAACCAGUUGCAAAGAAUUCAAAGAUAUACAAUUCUACUUUUUCAUUUGAAAAUACCUGAUUCUUUUUUCCUACUGCUUCCCAUUCUUUUUUCUCUCUCUCCUUUUUUUUCUCUCUCUCCUUUUUUUUCUCUCUCUCCUUUCUUUUUUCUCUCUCUCCUUUCUUUUUUCUCUCUCUCCUUUCUUUUUUCUCUCUCUCUUUUUGCUUCUCUCUCCUUUCGCUUCUCUCUCCUUUCUCUUCUCUCUCUCUCCUUUCUCUUCUCUCUCUCUCUUUCUCUCUCUCUCUCCUUUCUCUUUCUCUCUCUCUCUCUCUCUCUCUCUC